GUUUUUAUUCAUAACCCUCAUGCCCGAGGACAGAGAACGAGCACAAACCGAAUGGUGCAGAGCAACCAAGAUUCAGACAUUUCUCUCCUCAACAUUAAUCAAGGGAUCACUUGUCUGGCUUCAGGAGUGCUGAACCCACACCUUGGUUAUGAUUGUCUCCUGGUUGGAACACAGACUAAUUUAUUGGCUUAUGAUGUCUAUAACAACUCGGAUUUGUUUUACAGAGAGGUUUCAGAUGGAGCCAAUGCAAUAGUUCUUGGAAAGCUGGGCAAUAUUUCCUCUCCGCUUGCUAUUAUUGGUGGAAACUGUGCCCUGCAGGGCUUUGAUUAUGAAGGAAGUGAGCGUUUUUGGACAGUGACUGGAGACAACGUUCGGUCGUUAGCACUGUGUGACUUUGAUGGCGAUGGCAAAAAUGAGCUUCUUGUUGGCUCUGAAGAUUUUGACAUCCGGGUGUUUAAAGAAGAUGAAAUCAUGGCAGAAAUGUCAGAGACAGAGACAGUUACUGCCCUUAGCCCCAUGUACGGCAGCCGGUUCGGCUAUGCGCUUUCUAACGGGACGGUCGGAGUUUACGACAAGACAGCUCGCUACUGGAGGAUAAAGUCUAAGAACCAUGCGAUGAGCAUCCACGCCUUUGACCUGAACUCUGAUGGUGUGUGCGAGUUGAUCACUGGCUGGUCCAAUGGGAAGGUUGAUGCACGCAGCGACCGAACUGGGGAGGUCAUCUUUAAGGACAACUUUGGUUCCUCGAUUGCAGGAUUGGUGGAAGGGGAUUACAGAAUGGAUGGGAGCACCCAGUUAAUCUGCUGUUCAGUUGAUGGGGAAGUCCGGGGCUACCUGCCAGGAAGUGAGGAUGUGAAAGGAAACCUGAUGGAUACAAGCGCCGAGCAGGAUCUGAUCCGAGAACUUAGUCAGAAGAAACAAAAUCUGCUGCUGGAGUUAAGAAAUUAUGAGGAAAAUGCAAAGGCUGAGCUGAGCACUCAGCUGAAGGAAGCAGAUGGGCAGCGAGGUGGGAUUCCAGCCAACACCCAACUCCAGACAGCCCUCUCGGUUAACCUGGGCUCUGACAGCCAGUCUGCCCAUGUGGAGCUGUGCAUUUCCACCACAAACGACACAAUCAUCCGUGCUGUGCUGAUCUUUGCUGAGGGCAUAUUUGAAGGAGAGAGCCACGUGGUACACCCCAGUCUCCAGAACCUCUCAGGCUGUGUUCGUGUUCCUCUUACUCCACCCAAAGAUGUCCCUGUGGAUUUGCAUAUCAAAGCCUUUGUGGGUUACAGGAACAGCACACAGUUCCACGUAUUUGAGUUGACAAGAGAGCUUCCCCGCUUCUCCAUGUACGCCCUGAGCAGCCCGGACUCGGCCCCAGAGCCCCUGAGCUUUGUUCACUGCACAACAAACGAGAGGCCACAAAGGAUUGUGAUGUGGCUGAAUCAGAGCUUCUUGCUACCAGAAGAUGCAGAGUUUCAGAGUGCUCCAUUCCAGGUUUGCUUCACUUCUCUUCGUAAUGCGGGUCACCUCAGCAUCAAAAUCAAGCCCGGUGGAGAGAUCUCUAUCAACACGGAUGAUAUUGACUUAGCUGGUGACAUUAUCCAGUCCAUGGCCUCCUUUCUGGCCAUUGAAGAUUUGCAGGUGGAAGCAGAUUUCCCUGCCUACUUCGAGGAGCUGCGGAAGGUGUUGGUCAAGGUGGAUGAACACCAUGCAGUGGAUCAGAGGCUCACUGCUGACAUGGCUGAGCACUCCAACCUCAUCCGCAGCAUGCUGGUCCAGGCAGAAGACGCUCGGCUCCUGGGAGACAUGAAGAACAUGAAGACACGGUACGUCGAGCUGUAUGAUCUCAACCGAGAUUUAAUAAAUCAGUACAAAAUCCGUUGCAACAACCACACAGAGCUGCUGAAUAAUCUGAAAGCUGUGAAUCAGGCAAUCCAGAGGGCUGGGCGGUUACGCGUCGGCAAACCUAAAACACAAGUGAUCAGUGCUUGUCGGGAUGCCAUUAGAAGCAACAACUUCAACACACUGUUCAGGAUAAUGCGUGUGGGAACAGCCUCGUCCUAAAAUCAGCCAGGAGAGCAGCAGU